AUCUGUGCAGUGAUCAUGCCCAGCCAGCUAGAAGGAGCCAUGGACGCCCUGAUCAGAGUCUUCCACAACUACUCAGGCAGCGAAGGCGACAAGUACAAGCUCAACAAGGGGGAGCUGAAGGACCUUCUGAACAGCGAACUCACCAACUUCCUCACAUCUCAGAAGGACCCAAUGCUGGUGGAGAAGAUCAUGAACGAUCUGGACUCCAACAAAGACAACGAGGUGGAUUUUAACGAGUUUGUGGUGCUGGUGGCUGCGCUGACCGUCGCCUGCAACGAUUUCUUCCAGGAGAUGCAGAAAAACAAAUGAAAGCAGCUUCCAGCAGCAGCAUGUCUAGCGCUGUCAUGCGUAGCGUCACAGUUAGGUUCAUUAGUUUAUUAUGCCAUAACCUUUUACUGCUGUCAGCCUGUUACGACUGUACAGCUACACUGAGUGUGUGUGUGAGUCUGAAUCAGCGCUCGGUGUCUUCGUCAUCGUCAUCGUUUAUCAGCUGUCAUUUGUAAUUGGAUCGUAAUCGUAGAGCUUUAAAUGCAACACAAAGGUUAAUUAACGAUUUAUGUUAAUUAUGCGAAUCAGGUUUAAAUGAGAACUCAUCUGAAUGAAAUCAGCGUUUAAACUGGGCUUUGCGUGAUUCAGAGUCACUGUGUUUGUGUCUGUUAGAAAUGUUAUUAAAAUAGAAUUCAGUCCUCUGUACUGCACAGAUGACACUUAAUAAACAUGCUGGAAAUGA